AUGUAUGAAUGUAGUCACUCGUGUAAACAUUUCCAUCAGGAGGAUCGACCGAAAGGCAAACCACAGAGGCGGCAGAGUUCCGGUGGUGGUUUCGAGGAUGCGGUUUACGAGAGUAAAGCAACGGCCAGUAUGGACAGUACAAACCCGACAAAGUUGAUUAAAGUCGCCAAGUCUUCGUCUGAGGAUAGGUCCGGGUUGCCGAAGCUUGUGCCCGCCUCUGUGGCAGCCGUACAAUCAACAGGCUAUUUGGUACCUACCGUCACGGGUUCAGAAGCCGAGACACAG